AUGUCCGAGGACAAGAAGCGGGGUGCAUCCGCGGACGGCCCCCGCGCGCAGCAGGCGAGUCCGCGCCGCCGACGCCAGCCGCAGCAUCUACAGCCACAGUAUCCGGAGGACCGUGACGGACGGUGGAAGACUCUGGCUGUGAACAAUCCGGUGGCGUGGCAGGAGGCCGUGAAGCCGUCGCUGCUGACAUUCCUCAAGAUCAAGAAGCAUCUCAUGGUACCGGUCGCGUUCGUAGUCCCACGCGGGGACGACGCGUGGCCCAGGGCGGCGUGGGGGUAUCCGCUGGGCAAGCACGCCGCGUGGCUGCGGAAGCAGUGGAGAGAGGGGGGACGCGGGAUCGACCCGACGCAGAGCAAGGAGCUGGACGAGAUGCCGUUCGCCUGGGACUGGAGCCAACACAAGUGGGACCUCUUCUUGUUGCCGGCACUGCGGAGAUACUUUGAGCUGAAUGGACACACGGAUGUAUCGACAGAUUUUCGCAUUCCGAAGGAGAGUCCCGAAUGGCCUGACCACUUGAGGGGGUACUAUUUGGGCUGCAAAGUGCUGAAUAUACGCAACCGAGAUGAUUACGCAAAGCAGGUGGAAGCGGACCAAGACGAGCUUGAACGACUUCACUUCUGUCACGACUCGACGUUAUACGAUCGCGAUUGGCGCGAGAAAGUGGAGCCGGCACUGACGGUGUUUCGGCAGGAGUUUGGUCACUGCAACGUAAAGAGUGCAUUCGUGGUUCCAUCGCAAUCCCCAUGGCCAGAAUCAACAUGGGGAAUGCACUUGGGAAUUACUGUCCAAAACAUCCGUCGUGGGGAUUUCGGUCGAUACAAGCAGGAGUUGGACGAGUUGGGCUUCGUGUGGGACAACUCCGAGUGGGAGUGGGGGGAGCGGAUCAUGCCAGCUUUCGAGGCGUUCCAACGUCUACAGGGUCAUUGCCGAGUACCGGCACAUUUUGUGGUACCGUCGGAGGAUAAAUGGCCGACACAAUCGUGGGGUUUGAAGCUGGGAAGAGUUGUCAGCCAGAUCCGUAGCCGAGGCUAUUACUCCGCUCAAGUUUCGCGUGACAAGGCUCGACUGAAAGAGUUGGGUUUUAUAUGGAGCUGCUGUGAAUUUGAGUGGAGUGAGCGCGUCAUGCCUGCACUGGAAACUUUUCAUCUACUGCAUGGCCAUUGCCGAGUGUCGGCGUCUUACGUGGUACCAUCGGAGGCGUCGUGGCCGAAGGAAGUGCAUGGCCUGAAGCUAGGGUUUGUUUUGAAAAACUUCCGCCAGCGCGCCUCCUAUUUUGACCAAGUGGCCCGAGCGAUGGACUCGUUGGAGGCGAUCGACUUCGACUCGAGGAUCGCUGAUUCCAGGUGGGGAGAACGCGUGGAGCCGCUGCUGGCCACGUUCGAGCAGCUGCAUGGACAUCGCAACGUGCCGCGCAACUUCGUGGUCCCGUCGGUUUCUCCUUGGGAGGAAAAGGAUUGGGGCGUCCAGCUGGGCAAGCUAGAGCAGAGAGAACCGCCUCGCGCUGAAGUAGAUAGUUGA